AUGGCUGACACCGAGAUGGAGAUCGAUACGGCCCCCUUCACAGAUCAGGCUGUUGAGCCCAAGAUUCCGACUAUGACAUCACAUUCUGAUGCAAUCGCAGUACGGUCAAUUGAAGGGUGGAUUGUUCUGGUGACAAAUGUUCAUGAGGAAGCAAGUGAAGAAGAUUUGAGUGACAAAUUUGCGGACUAUGGGGAAAUCAAAAAUCUACACUUAAACUUAGAUCGCAGAACCGGUUAUGUUAAAGGAUACGCACUAAUCGAAUACGCAACGCUUGAUGAAGCCCGAGCUGCGAUUGAUGGAGCUCAGAAUACCAAAUUAUUAGAUCAAGUUAUUGACAUAGACUUCGCGUUUGUCAGGCCCCCUCCAGGAAAGUCCAGAGGGAAUAGACCCUUCACGAAAACUAGAGCGAGAAGUCGUAGCCGCAGUCCUAAUCUUAGAGAUGAAGCUCCAAAUUAG